AAAUAAAAGCAAGUUCCCGCUUCUUGCUCAUGACUAACACAUUUUUCUUCCCCCAUUUCUCUGUCAAAGUACUAUAUUAACUACGACGGUUUCUAAUUUCUAUUCAAAGUCCUUUAUUUUUCUUACAUUCCUCAUUUAUUACCCCUUAAUUUCUCCCCCCUAUUUAAAUUCUCAAUUUUUUUCUUUCUGUUUCCCAAUCUUAUCGCUUCUCAGAUCUGUUAUUGGCAGUUGGCAAAUUUAGAAACUCACUGUGGCUGUAAAGUGUUUCCAUGAUAGUCAUGGAAAAAGAAGAUGCUGUUACAGAAGGUGCAGUCAAUCAUCCUGCUGCUGAAAAUGAAGUAAAUGAACCCAUUCUUAACAAUGAAUCUGUAAAAAGUAAAGUUUCUAGCCAGAAGAAUUUAGGGAGUACACCGGAUGAAUCACAGGAGGCAAAUGCGGUGAAUGCUCAAGUAGAUGAACAGGAAAAGAAAAUCUCUGCAGAUAAUUCCAGUGAUGUGAAGAGUCAAGUUGAUACAAAUAAUGAACCGGAGAAGGAGAACUCUUUAGGUGAAAGCACGUCAAGUUCUUCGCAUGCUAAUAAAAAUGAGAUUAGUCAAGUGCUCACCCCAGGGGAACCUAAAUCGUUAAACACUGGACAGGAACGUUCCGAAGCCGAGAUGUCUGGUUUGAGUGGGAAGAAAACUGAUUGUGUGAAAGUGGACUUACAAAGUCUCGCUGAAACUAACAAGAAUCUCGAAGAAGUUGCUUAUGAGGAGGAAGCAGAACCCGUAUUUGAUGGAACAGAAGAACCUGGGAUGGGUGUUACUAGGAGCUUAUCAGCCCGUUCUGUACAUUGUGAUUCAGAGGCACAGGGAUCUGUUUGGCCUGAGAAGGCAGUGGCUCUUACAAACUUUUUUAGAUCAAAGAGUACAGUCGCGGUGGGUACUGUUCUACGCCGCCUUUCUGGUAAAAGUGAUGAUGGACAAGAUGCUACAGCUGAAGAAGAUAAGAGUAAGUGCAAUGAGAAGAAUGCUGUUGCAUCACAAGAACGUGAAAUGCAAACUGUGUCUCAGAAAACUGCAGAACGGACUGGGUGGAAUCCCCUUAGCUUAAUCGGAAUUUUACGUGAUGAUACUGGAAACAAACUUGUGGAGAAGGAGGUCUCACCAGAAGCAGUUUCACCAAUAGCCAUGAAGGGAAGGAUUAUAUUGUAUACUAGGUUGGGAUGCCAGGAAAGUAGAGAGGCAAGACGUUUUCUACACUGGAAAAGACUCAGAUAUGUUGAGGUCAACAUUGAUGUGUAUCCUAGUAGAAAGCUGGAACUAGAGAAAAUUGCUGGUGAUUCUGUUGUUCCUAGAGUAUUCUUUAAUGAAGUUCUCAUUGGUGGAUGGAGUGAGCUAAAGAGUUUGGAUGAAUCUGGAAAGCUCUCAGAGAAGAUUGAAUAUGUAGUUGAUGAAGUACCAUCAUUUGAAGCUCCUCUACCACCUCUUUCCGGUGAAGAUGAUUUGUCCAGUAGUGGGUCUAUCGAUGAACUAGCUCUUAUAGUUAAAAAAAUGAAACAGGCUAUUGCUUUAAAAGACCGGUUUUAUAAGCUGCGCCGAUUCACUAACUGUUUUCUCGGAUCAGAAGCUGUUGACUUCCUGUCAGAAGAUCAGUAUUUGGAAAGGGAAGAGGCUGUUGAAUUUGGUAGGAAGCUUGCAAGCAAUCUUUUCUUCCAACAUGUACUAGAUGAAAAUGUGUUUGAAGACGGUAACCAUCUGUAUCGUUUCCUUGAUGAUGAUCCCUUUGUAUCUCAGUGUCAAAACAUCCCGAGGGGUUUAACAGAAGUGAAGCCCAAACCCAUAAUAGAAAUUUCAUCUAGAUUGAGAUUUUUGUCUCAUGCAAUUUUUGAAGCUUAUGCAUCAGAAGACGGAAGGCAUGUUGAUUAUAGAAGCAUCCACGGCAGCGAGGAAUUUGCAAGGUACUUGAGAAUAACUGAAGAGCUUCAAAGAGUGAACUUUAAUGACAUGCCCAGGGAGGAGAAGCUUGCGUUUUUUAUUAAUCUCUACAACAUGAUGGCCAUUCAUGCAAUAUUGGUUUGGGGACAUCCCUCUGGGCCUAUGGAGAGGAGAAAAUUGUUUGGAGAGUUCAAAUAUGUCAUUGGUGGGUGCACAUAUUCACUAUCAGCGAUCCAGAAUGGAAUCUUGAGGAACAAUCAGAGACCACCAUACAAUCUAAUCAAACCGUUUGGAGUUAAAGACAAUCGACUUAAGGUAGCUCUUCCAUAUUCGGAGCCUCUUAUUCAUUUUGCUCUGGUUAAUGGUAUGCGAUCUGGGCCUGCUCUUCGCUGUUAUUCACCUGGAAACAUAGAUAAAGAGUUGGUGGAGGCUGCCCAUGAUUUCUUAAGAUUUGGAGGACUAAUUGUUGAUCUUAGUACCAAGGUUGCAUAUGUUAGUAAAAUCUUGAGAUGGUUUAGUGUUGAUUUUGGGAAGAAUGAGGUUGAAGUACUGAAACAUGCUGCUAAUUACUUGGAGUCAUCGGUAUCUCAAGCUUUGCUAGAGUUGCUCGCCAACAGUCUGUUGAAGGUGGUGUACCAACCUUUUGACUGGGGACUGAAUAACUAGUGCUGGAAUCUGACUCCUUGCUUAGAGUCACUGUCAAUUUUGUAUAAAAGUAAAAAUCAUGUUUCCCAACUUGGCUCGUGUCACUGGAAUCUGAGGAUUUGGUAAAUUGCCUCAUAAAUAGCAAAAUUAAUAGAUUUAGACCCA